AUGAAAUCAGUUUUAAAAGUUUUAUUCAUUUCACUUGCGGUUAUCUCAAGCGUCUUUGCUUUCCCUGCAGAAAGGGAUUCAAAGCAAGAAAUUCAUGUUACUUCACCAGGACCUGGUCCCUGGGCGGUUGGUAGCACCCAAGCUUGCA